GUAAUUGAAUACUACAACCCAAAUAAGCCCUACUUUGCCAUCUUUAGAGCUAACCCAAACAUACAAAUGCCAGUGGCCUACCCUGCUUUUAGUGUGUCUUUUGUUUCUAUCUCCAUUAGAAUUCUCGCUUACAUCCUAUCAUCAUCAUCGUCAAGUAAGUAUCCGCCAACCCAAAUCAUAUUCCCCACCAUUUCUCCAUUAAUAUAUGUAUAUAAACAACCAGUGCCCACUUGAAAAUCCCCACCACUUGAGCCGUCCCACACUUAUUAUGAACGUAUUCAUGGAACCACAUCAUCACACUCGAACACACUCUCAUUGUUAUUUUAAUCAUUUCAGAAGAAGAAUCCAAUCUCAAGACUAUGUAGCACAGAUGGUCUAUCACAUUACAACUUGAAAUCUCUUCUACCCUUCAAAAUUUUCUCUUGGAAUUUGGAGUACCCACUGUCAAUCGGCAAGCUUCUAAACAUUCUACCCAUCUUUUUGGAUUCAACUGUAAGCCGUCAGGUAACUUUAUAAGCAAAAUGCUUUACCAUGAGAAUUGGAAAUAGGUGCACCUAAUAGUUCAUACUGCUUUGUUUUCUUUAAUGAAAGGAGGCUAUGUGGAUUACCUAUUUAAGUAGUUUUCAUCAGCAAAAGAGAUUCUUUCUUUCAGUGCUUGGAUCUGGUUGUCAAAACAGAUGGUGGCGUCAGCUGCUGGUUAGUGGCACUGGCUACUGGAAUAUUAUAGUGUCAUUUACUGGUUUUCUUGUAAAUUGUGCAUAGACAAAUGAACCUCUUUUUUCUAGGAUUCAAACCCGAUUUCCAAUGUUCUUCUCCUGAUUAACAGACAGAUGAAAGCAACAAAAAUAUUCUUUUCUUUAGGUAUUUCUGAGCUUUGAACAAGCUUGGUUCCAGUGGUGCUCUCACAGACUGAUGAAAGCAACACAAAUAUUCUUUUCUCUAGGUAAUUCUGAGCUUUGAACAUGCUUAGGUUCUUUUAACUUUUAAGAGUACUCGUUUCAAUACCUGCAGCUGGAGUGCACUUUAGAUUACUUAAGAACGCUGAAACCGUAUUACAGCAACUGGACUUCGAUGAUUAGAAUAGUCUCACUAGCUAUAGUUGAGUUUCUCAAUAGAAGGGCUACUUGAAGAGUCCCAUGGGAUGAUUAUAUUUUGGGGUUGUCUUUUAGACCAGAUGUACACCAUGCAUAGAAAUAUUGGAAUGAAGAAUCCAAAGUGUUCAAACAGAGAUUGUGAAUGUGCAAAAUCCUAGAAGUUAUUUCGUCUGCUAUCGACAAAUAAACUUCAAAAAAAUUGGUGAUAAUUUAUUCUAAGCUUAACGAGAACUUCUUUGAGGACUUCGACUUUUUAAAUGGUUGAAGAAUCGAGAUACUGCAAGUGCAGGUGUGGUUUUUUUCUUAAGGUUUUAGAUUCAGCAGCUGCCAGUGGUAUUGGUAAAAUUAGGACCUCGAAUGUCAAAUUAAGGUUUUGAAGCCCUGUUAAAAGAAGUAAUCCAGGGGGUGAAAUGAACUCUCCUUUAAAUCACAGAGUGAUGUUACCAUUACCUGAGAUACAAGUUGCAGAAGAUCGUGCUAGUAGUCUUGAAAGGUCUGAUAGCAUCCCACUGCAUGCAUUUCCCCUCCCUUUGCCUUUCGAUCAUAGGGAAAAGGCAUGUGGUGAAGAAGGUGGAGAUGAUGAAAUAGAGCCAACUCUUUAUAAGAAGGUGAUCUACAUCCCCGACACAUCUGAAGCAUCUAAUAAAGGAAAACAGCCUAUGAAUGAUUCCAAAGAGGUUCCACCUUCUUCCAAAACAUUUCCAGGUGAAAUCUCGGAAGAACAGAAGCAUGAACAUGUAGAAAACAUAAGAAACAGCAACAGAGGUAAAGCAUGUUAUAAAAGAUACUUAAAGCACGGUACUGAAAAAUGCCUGUCUUCCUAUAAAAGGGAAUGGACACACUGUUUUGAAUUGGGAGUAAUUGUUGCAUCACAUUACCUUCUUUGGGAAAAUAUUGUUUGGGGAAUCCUUAUGGGUGCAUGGUUGCAGCAGCAAACAAGAGGUAAGUUGGGCUCCGUGGAAGUUUUCUCAUCAAAUCUGUUAUGUGGGACUGCCUUUGUUCUCCUCGGAGGGCAGGCUCUUCUUGUUGUGGGGGUCAGUGCACCUGCCGUAAUCUUCAUUAUAUCGAUUUCGAGUGCAGCAAACAGGUUACUAAUUGAUUUUCUUCCCUGGAUGGGCUGGGUAGGCAUUUGGAGUUCAGCUGUACUGAUUAUAUUAGCAGUUUCAGGGGCUUGCAGGUGUAUGCCAACAACAAUCACAUCUUUCACAUGGGAAGCUAUUCAGAUUUUCACAAGCAUGUCCUUCAUAUGGAAUGCCAUGGAAGAGAUUGUCCACCUUUUCACUAAGAAUAUUAAAUUGGACACAUCCAUGUUGUCUCUAUGGCUGGCAACAUCUUCGUUUGUGGUGUCUACCUUUCUUAGUAGGACAGGAAGUUUGAAAUUUCUUAAUAAGAAACUGUGCAGAGCUGUAGGCAACUGUGCUCUUCCUAUAACCCUUUUGCUGUUCACAGGUGUUACAUAUUUGCCUAAACUAGAUCGUCUACAACUUCAAAGAGUUACAUUCCCCCCAACUGGAUUUCGAACAGAUGGAGUAACUGAGCUUGGGAGUUUAGUGAGACUAAAGAGUGUUCCCUUGUGGGGAAUUUUCUUGGCAGUUAUUCCCGGGUUACUGCUUGCUUCCAUGAUAUUUGUGGACCACAGUGCUGCUUCGAUUUUGCUGCAAAAUGAAAUCAGCUCGGAUUCAAGGAAGAGCAGAUCAAGAAGCUGGGAUAUAUGUAUCGUAGCCUUACUUGUUCUAGUGUGUGGGAUAUUUGGGCUUCCUUUUUGCUACGGUCUUUUCUUUCAGAGCCUAAAGCAUGCCCAAGUUCUCACACACGACAAAAGCAUUGAUUUGGAAAGCCAGGAGAGCCAAAGUGAGAUAAAAGUUCAGCGUAUUUCAGGGCUUAUUGCAUCCUUGUUAUCAGGCCUUGCACUUGUUCCAGGAUUAAGUUGGCUAACUGCGAAAAUUCCACUUGCAGUGGUUAUUGGCUUGUUUUUAGAGGUGGCCAUGGAAGCUUUAUCAAACUUGCAUUUCAUGAAGAACACAAGACUACUAUUGACAGACCCAUAUAUCUGCUCAGUCAAUGGAUCAACUCAUUCCACUUCAAUUCCUGCAAUAAGAAUCUACACUGCUAUCCAGUUCACUUGUGCCCUUAUAAUCUUUGCUGCAAGCAGAUCACCCGCUGCAAUCCUUUUCCCCUUAUUCAUUCUUCUCAUGAUAUGGAUGCGCCAUUGGCCACUUCACACCCUGUUCAUCAAAAAGGGCCUCAACAAGAUUGACAGAAAACUCUUCAACAACCAACCUACACCCAUUAAGAUCACUAAACUAAGGCUUAGAAAACACUCUUCUAUUGAAGUCAUGAAUUCACAUAACAAGGACAAAAGAAAAGCAAUCAUGCAGGAAGAUAUUCAGGCAUCUGAUCAGUCUCUACCUCAAUGGAAGGAUCUACCUGUUCUUCCCACCACAACCAAGCGGAGAUUGAGAGAACGAAAAAUUAGACGAAAUAAACGUCUGAGGAGAACAACCACAUCCUCUCUCAAUCGUCGUUCACUUGAAAAUCAUGAAGAAGAUCAUGUUCACAGAGUAGUUCUGCCUCUUCCUUGUAGAUAUCAGUUGAAGAGGCCAGAUAUAACAAAUUAUGAUGGUAUAGAAGGAGGAGGAGGAGGAUCAUCAUCAUCCUUCGUAUUUUCUGCAUCAAAACCAAAAUCACUAGUAAGGCAACUAUCUCCACAGUUGAUCCUCAACAAAAGGAAGAAGAAUUCAGCCAUCCAGAAUCCAGUAGAAAUGCAUUCAAACAUACUGUAUGAUCCUCAUCCCCUACCCAAUCCAAAUGAUGGUACAAGCCUUGGCCUCACAAUUGAUAAUGAUAAUGAGGUGGUGGUGGACGGACAAGGGAUCAGGCCUUAUAUUUCAAGGCCACCUUCUUCUUCUUCAUUUGCUUCACCAUCACCCUCACAAACACACAAUGAUAAUAGAAAUCAUAAUGCUCAUAUCAAUAAUGAUAUUGAUGGUGUUCAUGGGACAAGUACAUUUCCUAGGCUCACCAAAGAAGAUGUUUUUCCAGUUAAUAGGAGAAGUGCUCUUGUAGAAGGUAGAAUACAAUCCAAGAAGUACAGUAUUACAAAUGGUGUGGAGAGUAGUAAAAGGUCUAGGAUGAUCUUAAAUCAAGGGCGAUGGCCAUCUAAUAAGCCAAUGCCCACAUCAAACUAGAAGGCCCCAAAAAGGCAAAAGUGUUUUGGUUGGUUUUUCGUUUGGAUUAAAUUUGUAUAUUUUAGAGGCUCCAUUCUUCAAUGGAAUUGAAUUUUGUAAAUUAAUGGGAAAGAAAUAGAAUUUAUUUGUUGGUGUGCAUCUCUUA